AACCUAAGAAGAUUAGUCUGGUGAUUCAUCACUUUUAUAUGCUGAUUAUUUACAGCGUUAUCUUAAUUAAUGAUUCAUCAUUAACACCUCAGUACUUGUUCAAUAGAUGUUCUCAGUGAACCUGGAUGUGUGUCUCAGGUGGUCUCUGGUGGUCUCAGGUCUCGUUUGGGCCUCAUGGGGUCCCAGGUGGUCUCAGACUGGAUGUUGUUCAGUUGUUCUGUGCCCCAGGUGUGCAUGUGUAUUUGUUUGUGAGUAGGUGUUUGAGUGCGUGUGUGUUACAAAACUGCAGCCUAUAAUAUUCAUUUUAUUUUCAUCAAAUGAUUGUUGGACAUUUUAAAUACAUAAAAGAAAAAACAGAUGGAACAUUAGUCUCCUCAUCCUUUGCAUCACUCUGUUUUUGCCCCUCGGUCACAAAAAGACACCAAGGAAUGAUCCACUGACAGAGAUCUAUUUAAGACAUAUUUUAAUGUGUUAAUAACUGACAACAAUAAGAAUAAAUAGAUGAUGAGGAUGUCGCUUAGUGGGUAUUCUACAGGAAGACAAGGACGGUGUAACACGUGACCACAUGAUGGACGGGUCUCACCUGUCUCAUGUGUCACCUGUCCCCCAUCAGACGGGAGGGAUAGUCGGUGUGUGUGUGUGUGUGUUACAUGAUGCUGUACAAUGAAAACGGUCAUCAUGACAUCGCCAGCUCUUCAUCAUCAUCAUCAUCAUUUCUGCGAUUUUUUUCAUAUUUUAUUACAUUGAGAGAGAGAGAGAGAGAGAGAGAGAGAGAGGGGGGGGGAGGUUCUCCUCCUCUCUCCAGUACCUGAGUGACCGAAGGAGGAGCCGCUUCAACCCAAGAACAGCUUCUACUUCUCCCGCGGGGAAACCGAGAGAGUCCAGCAUGCUGCCCCGAGCGGGCUCCGGCUCUCCCGGUGCUUCCCUGCGAGGGUUAAAGACUCGGAACCCGGUUUCGCUUUCAAACUGAAGUGUGUGUGUUCUGAAGAAACAAUAACGGACUGACGCGAACUCGCUGAUCACGUGUGGAUUUGUUUGCUUUACGCGUCACCUCGUGCGUAAAAACGCUUCUGAUCGGCGCGCUCUCCGCGAAUCUUCCUCCAACCCCGGGACCAGGAUGGCGGGAGGAGCGGCGGCGUGGCUGCCGUUCGCCCGCGCGGCGGCCAUCGGCUGGAUGCCGGUGGCUAGCACGGCGAUGCCGGUACCCCCCAAGGAGGGGCGCCGCCGCCGCGCGGGGCUCAUCGUGAUCAACGUGAGCGGAACCAGGUUCCAGACCUGGCGGGACACUCUGGAGCGGUACCCGGACACCCUGCUGGGCAGCACGGAGCGGGACUUCUUCUUCCACGAGGAGUCCAACGAGUUCUUUUUCGACCGCGACCCGGACAUCUUCCGCAACAUCUUGAACUUCUACCGCACCGGGAAGCUGCACUACCCGCGGCAGGAGUGCAUCUCCGCGUACGACGAGGAGCUCGCGUUCUUCGGCAUCAUCCCGGAGAUCAUCGGGGACUGCUGCUACGAGGAGUACAAGGACCGGCGCCGGGAGAACCAGGAGCGCGUCCAGGACGACGAAGACAUGGAGCAGUCCAAAGACCUGGUGGUUACGGACUUGGGCUUCCGGGAGACCCUGUGGCGGGCCUUCGAGAACCCGCACACCUCCAUCAUGGCACUAGUCUUCUACUACGUCACCGGCUUCUUCAUUGCCGUGUCGGUGCUGGCCAACGUGGUGGAGACGGUCCCGUGCGGCGCCGCGCCGAACCGCGUCCGCGAGACGGCGUGCGGCGAGAGGUACGCGCUGGCCUUCUUCUGCCUGGACACGGCGUGCGUGCUCAUCUUCACGGCGGAGUACCUGCUGCGCCUGCUGGUGGCGCCGAGCCCCUGCCGGUUCAUGAAGAGCGUGAUGAGCGUCAUCGACGUGGUGGCCAUCAUGCCCUACUACAUCGGCCUCGUCAUGGCAGACAACGAGGACGUGAGCGGCGCCUUCGUCACGCUGCGGGUCUUCAGGGUCUUCCGGAUCUUCAAGUUCUCGCGCCACUCGGCGGGCCUGAGGAUCCUGGGCUACACGCUGAAGAGCUGCGCCUCGGAGCUGGGCUUCCUGCUCUUCAGCCUCACCAUGGCCAUCAUCAUCUUCGCCACCGUCAUGUUUUACGCCGAGAAGGGCUCCAGCUCCACCAAGUUCACCAGCAUCCCAGCGGCCUUCUGGUACACCAUCGUCACCAUGACAACGCUGGGAUAUGGCGACAUGGUACCAAAGACCAUCAUGGGGAAGAUCGUGGGCUCUGUGUGCUCUCUGAGCGGCGUGCUGGUCAUCGCCCUGCCGGUCCCCGUCAUCGUCUCCAACUUCAGCCGGAUCUACCACCAGAGCCAAAGGGCUGAGAAGAGGCGAGCCCAGAAGGCCUCCAAAGAAGCAGGACAGGCGCUGGUGUGCAAGGCCAACCCGACCUUUGACCUCCAGCAAAAUCACCUGCUGCACUGUCUGGAGAAAACCACGAACCACGAGUUUGUGGACGAGAAGGUGUGCGACCCGCGCUGCCAGGAGGUGACUCUGGUGAAGCAGCUCUCUCGCUCCUCCGUCUCUUCCUCGCCUGGAGGCUUUACCUUCUGCUGCGCUCGCAAGAUGAGGAGAACCUUGCACCUCCCCAACUCCACAACAUCGAUGGGUCUACACGGCAGCAUGCAGGAGCUCAGCACCAUCCAGAUCAAAGAGAGGCCCCUUGCCAACAGUCGCUCCAGUCUCAAUACUAAAUUGGAAGAGACGGUUCCGUUGAACAGUCACCAGCCGUACGUUACUGCCGCCGUCAUCCCCGUUGCAACACCGCCCGAAUUCAGCGCCGUCGACUACUUGCAGGCCAGAGGGGUCCAGGUGUCGGCACUCUAGAUCACGACCUCCACAAACUCAGGGGGCGGGAGUUUGGAUCACGUGUGCAUGGUAGACGCGACCAUCAGCUUCUCGCUGGGGAUGAUCCCACGAAAGAAAUAAUGCGGAAGACAAACGAAAAUAACCUUAAACGCUCACCUCUUUAAAUUCGGAGUCUCACAACACAAAUAAAGCCGACGCUAAUGUAACAUUUUAAAAUAACGCGUAUAGUAAAUGUCACAUGUUGGAAGUUCACAGUUAACCACCUUACCAGCGUUACCUGAGAAAAUAGCUGGUUUUGGUUACAAGUAGCUUAGCACAAACACUGAAAUCAGGUGGAAAUUGUUACACCUUUCAACAAGCUGACGGUGAAGCCUGAAGUUAACGGUGAAGCCUGAAGCUAAUGGUAACGCCUAAAGCUAACGUGAAGUCAGAAGCUAACGGUGACGCCUGAAACAAACGGUGAAGCCUGAAGCUAACGGUGAAGCCUGAAGCUAACGGUGACGCCUGAAGCUAACUUCAUUCAUAUCUGCUUUUACUGUUGUGAUGUCU